CACUGUUCGCCGGCUCCAUGGGGCGGCCCCCCCCCGCUGCCCCAGAUGAACUUCGACCCGCGCUGGAUGAUGAUCCCCCCUACAUGGACCCCCGCAUGAUGCAGGGCCGGCCCCCCCCCCGUCGACUUCUACCCCCCCGGCGUCCACCCCUCUGGUUUGCUGCCACGGGAGCGCUCGGACAGCGGGGGCUCAGGCUCGGAGCCCUUCGAGCGCCCCCCCCCGCUGCUGCGGGAGCGGGGGACCCCCCCGGGGGACCCCAAACUGCCGUGGGGGGGCGAUGCCUUCGCCCCCCCCGAACCGCGGGCCCUGCCCUCCCCCCUGCGGCCCCCCGAGGAGGACGAGAAGGGGCUCAGGAGCGAGACGCCCCCCUCCGCCUGCGGGACCCCGGGGCUCCCCCCCCGUACGCCGGCGCCUACCCGGCCUUCGCCGAAAACGGGGGGCCCCCGCCCCUGCACCGCUUCCCCCCCGGCGAGGAGCCCCCCCGGCCCGGCCCCCCCUGGCCCGCCGGCCUGGCCCUGCCCCCCGCCGCCGCCCCCCGCCCCGAACCCCCGCCCAGGGGGACGGGGGGGGCCCCCCGGAGCCGCCCCCCCCCACUGCCACCACCCCCCGGCCCCCCUUCAAGGAGGCCCCAAAAAGCCGCCCCCCCCCGAGCCCCCCAGCCCCCCAAGGAGGAGGCGACGGCGGCGGCGACGGCGGGGGGGCCCCCCAAGGAGGAGGGGGGGUCCCGGCGCCCGGAGCGGCCCCCCCCGCCCCCCCCCCCGACCCCCACAAGCCCCCCCGGGGCGGGGGCGGGACGCGGACGGAGACGCGCUGGGGCCCCCGCCCCGCCGGCCCCCGCCGCCCCCCCCCCGAGGAACCCCCCGAGAAGCCCCCCCGCCGCGCCGGCCCCAUCAAGAAGCCCCCCCCCAAAGAGGAGGGGGGCCCGCCGGCGGCGGCGGAGGAGCCCCCCCGCCCCAAGGCCCCCGAGCCCCCCGGCAAAGACCCCCCCAGGCCCCCCAAGGCCAAGCCCGCCCUCAACGGCGCCGGCCCCCCCCACCCCAAGGACGGGGGGGGCGCGCCGGCGGCGGGGGGGGCGGGAGCGGGGGGGUCCCCGUCCCGCCGGCGCCGCGAGGCCGCCUACGAGCGGGGGGGGCGGCUUCGGGGGGGCGGGGGCGCGCCCGGGGGGGGCGAGGGGGAGUACUUCGCCCGGGGCCGGGGCUUUCGGGGGGCUUACGGGGGCCGGGGGCGGGGGGCGGGGGGGGGCCGCGGCCGCAGCCGCGAGUUCCGCAGCUACCGGGGGGACCCCUUCUACCGGCCCGAGGAGGGGAAGGCGGCCGGGGGCGCCGGCCCCCCCCCCGGCCCCCCCCCAGCCGCCGCCGCCGCCGCCGCCGCCCCCCCCCGCGGGGGGGCAGCGAGACGCGCAGCGAGGGCUCGGAGUACGAGGAGGUGCCCCCCCGCCGGCGCCAGCGCGGCUCCGAGACGGGCUCCGAGACCCUCGACAGCGACAAGGAGGCCCCCCCCCGCCGGGCCGGCCCCCCCCGCCCCCGGCCUGCCCCCCCGCUUCCCCCCCCCGCCCCGCGGCCGAGCCCGGCGCCGGGGGGGGGCCGCGGCCGCGUCUUCACCCCCCGGGGGGUGCCUUCGCGCCGGGGCCGCGGAGGCGGGGGGGGCGGCGGCGGGCGGGCGGCCCCCCCCCGGCGGCUGGAGCCCCCCCGGCAAGAAGGCGGACGCCGCCGAGAAGGAGAAGGCGGCCGAGAGCCACGACCCCCCCAAGGGCGGGGGGGGCGGCGCGGAGCGGCCCCCCCGCGGCGCCGGCACGGCCGAGCGCAGCAGCAGGACAAGCCCCCCCGCUUCCGCCGCCUGAAGCAGGAGCAGGCGGCCAGGAUGGGGGGGCCGCCCCGCCGCCGCCGCCGCCCCCGCCGCCCCCCCCGGAGGAAGCGGGGGCCCCCCCCCGGCCCCGGCCCCGGCCCCGGCCCCGGCCGCGGGCGGCCCCCCCCCGGCGCCCGCUCCCCCGACCUCUCCAACCACAACUCGGACCAGGCCAACGAGGAGUGGGAGACGGCCUCGGAGAGCAGCGACGUGGGGGAGCGCCGGGGGGGGGCCGAGAGGGAGCCGGCCCGGGGGCCCCCCCGCGCAGAGCCCCCCCCGGCCCGGCCCCCCCCGGCCGAGCUCAGCCUGGCCCAGCGCAAGGAGCUCUCCAAGCGAAGCUUCUCCAGCCAGCGGCCGGGGGGCCGAGCGGCCGGGGCGGCGGGCCGGGGGGGCCGGGGGGGCCGGGACCCCCAACGGCGGCGGCGGCGGCGGCAGCAACCCCCCCCCGGCAGCGGUGCGGGGGGGGCGGCCGGAGCGGGGGCGGCCGAGGAGGAGGAGGAGGAGCGGGAGGAGCCGGGGUGGGCCGGCGGCCGGGGAGGGGAGAAGAGGGGGUGGCCUUCGCCCAAAAACCGCAGCCGUAACGCGGAGGAGCCGACCCCGGGGCUGGCGCUGCCGCCCCCCCCCUCGGCCUCGGCCGUCUUCCGCCUGGACCGGGUGGUGCCCAGCGACCCGGGCGGGAUCCGCCGCGCCCUCGCCCAGCUGGGGGCCCGGCCCCGCCCCGCCCCGCCCCACGGCAAGGGGGGAGGCCCCCCUGCCCCCGGCCUGCCCCCCCUGCCCCCCCCGCCCUGCCCCUGCCGCCCUACGAGCCCCGCGGGACCCCGGCCUCGGAGCAGCCCCCGAGCCGCCCUUCCUGGAGCCGCCGGAGCCCGCUGCGCCCCAUGGCCGCCCUCCGCGACGUCCCCGUGGUCGGCGGCUUCUUGGCCAAGCGCCGCGAGCGGGGCCCCCGCAAGCGAGGACCCCCUGGGCUGCCCCGGCUUUGGGGACCCCAAGCAGGACGGGCCGGGGGAGCCGCGGGGGAGGACGGGCCCGGCCGAGGGGCUGACCCCGCACAUCUGGAACCGCCUGCAGACCAGUGCCGCCCCGAAGCCCUUCGCCCCCGGCCAGGCCUGGAUCGAGCCCCUCGGCGCCUUCGAGGAUGUGGCCAGCACCGAGAUGAGCCAGUCCGACAGCGGCGUGGAGCUGAGCGGGGACUCGCAGUCGUCCUCGGCCGCCUGCAGCCAGCGCAGCUCCCCCGACGGGGGGCUCAAAGCCCCGGCCCCCCCCGCCGCAGCAGGGGGGGGCAGCCGGGAUGGGGGGCAGCCGGGCCCCCCCCUCCACGAGGGGCCCAAGGAGCAGAGGCGCCGCCUGCCCCCCCGCGAGGAGAAGAAGAUCUGCACCCCCCCCGCGGCCCCCCCGGACCCCAUCGGCACCGAGCGCUCCCAGCGCGCCGAGAAAGCCAAAGCCCCUCCCGAGGAACCGGGCCGGGGGGCCCGGACGUCGGCGUUCCCCGGGGGGGGGCCGGACGCUUGGGUCCCCCCACCCGCCACCACGGGGGCAACGGGGGGGGCCGGACACUUGGGCCCCCCCCCCCGAGAACGACCCCCGUCGCCGCGGGCAGCGCCGUGGGGAAGAGCGAGAAGGAGGCGCUGCCCCCCCCCGCUGCGCUCGAUGCUGCCCCCCGGGACUGGGAGGUGCUGCCCGGGGGGGGCCCCCAGCCCCACGGGGCGGGCCCCGAGGCCCCCCCAGCCCGGCCUCCCGAGCCCAAGGGCCCAGCCCCCCCCGGGGACCCCCCCCGGACCCGGCCAGCGCCUCUACCCUGAGCUCUUCUACGGCGGGGCCGGCGCCGUGGGUCAGGUCCCCAGCACCCCCGUGGAGUCCCAGCUGGGCACCGGCAGCAGCUUCCGCCCCGGGACCCCCUCCCUGAACCCCUACAGGCCGGUGUUCGUGGCGGGGGCGGGGCUCCCCCCCCUCCCCCUCAAGGGCCCCUUCGUGGAGUUCCCGGCCAUGGGGGGGCCCGACCUGGCCAAGCUGGGGGGGGCCGGGGGGCUGCUCUACCCGCCCGCCCCCCCCUUCCUCUACAGCCCCCCCUUCUGCCCGACCCGCCCCUGCUCCAGGUGCGGCAGGAGCUGACUCCGCCCUCUGACUUCUAUGGGCAGGGACAGAGCAGCUUCCAGCAGAUGCUGCUGCCCGUGGUGGAGUCUCCGGUGCCGCCCGUCGUGAAUUUCGGGGGGCCGCCGGGGCCCGCCCGCCCCCCCCCUGCCCCUCCUGCCCCUGGGGCGGCUGGUGGCCCCCCCCGCCCGCCCCUUCGGCCCCCC